AUGGCAACAACAUCAACAAUAGUGGCAUCAUUAGUGGCAGCGAUAAUUGUAGUGAGAUGGGCAUGGAAGAUGAUGAGGUGGCUGUGGCUGAACCCUAAGAGGGUUGAGAAGGUGCUUAGAGAGCAAGGUCUUGAAGCCAAUCCUUACAGGUUAGGGAUUGGUGACUUGAGGGAAAUGGUUAAGAUGAUUGAAGAAACCAGAUCCAAGCCCAUGAUGUCUCUUUCUCAUGAUAUAGCUCCUCAUCUCUUAUCUUUUGUCCUUCACACUCUCAACAAAUAUGGGAAAAAUGCAUUCAUAUGGUUUGGACCGACACCAAGGUUGAUCGUAGUGAAGCCGGAGCAGAUCAAGGAUGUCUUGAACAGGCCCUAUGACUUCACAAAACAUCACCUGAAUCCUCUUAUCAGCUACAUAAACACUGGUCUUGCAAAACAUGAUGGCGACAAGUGGGCUAAACACAGAAGGAUCAUCAAUCCUGCUUUCCAUUUGGAUAGUCUCAAGGCUAUGAUGCCGAAAUUUUUCCAAAGUUGCAAUGACAUGAUACGAGAAUGGGAAAAAAAGUUGUCUUCAUCAGAUGGAACGUGUGAACUGGAUGUAUGGCCUUGGCUUACAAAUAUGACACAGGAUGUUAUCUCUCGAGUAGCAUUUGGAAGUAGCUACCAAGAAGGCCAACAAAUAUUUGAACUUCUCAUAGAGCAAGCGGAACUUGUCAUGACUACUUACCAGAAAUAUCAUAUUCCAUUUUGGAAGUUUGUACACGGCAAGGACCUUAGGAGGAUUAAGGAGAUGGAUCAAAUGGUGGAAGACUUGGUGAAGGGUAUAAUCGACAAGAAGGAGAAAGCCCUGAAGGCAGGUGAAUCCAUAAGGAAGGACCUGUUGGGCAUACUUUUAGAAUCCAAUCACAAGGAGACAGAAAUCAUAGGAAAGCACAACAAAGUUGGAUUGAGUAUGAAAGAAAUAGUCGAGGACUGCAAGUUGUUCUAUUUUGGAGGGCAUGCAACCACCUCGUCUUUGCUUGCUUGGACCAUGAUGCUGUUAAGUAUUUACCCUGAUUGGCAAACGCGUGCAAGGGAAGAAGUCUUCCAAGUCUUUGGAAAUCAAAACCCAAAUUAUGAUGGGCUAAGUCACCUCAAGAUCGUGAGCAUGAUCUUAUCCGAAGUUUUUAGGUUAUAUCCACCAGUAACAUGGAUAGAGCGAUCAGUGGAGAAGGACAUGAGGCUUGGGAAUUUAUUAGUACCUAAAGGAGUGCAAAUUUUCAUACCAACAUUGAUACUUCAUCAAGACCAAGAGUUGUGGGGCAGUGACGCCAAGGAGUUCAACCCAGAGAGGUUUUCUGAAGGAAUCUCAAAGGCAGGGAAAGGUGAUUCCGUUGCAUAUUUCCCGUUUGGAUGGGGUCCUCGUAUUUGCAUUGGACAAAAUUUCACCAUGUUGGAGGCUAAGAUGGCUCUUUCUUUGAUUCUGCAACACUUUUGGUUUCAACUUUCUCCAGCAUAUUCUCAUUCUCCUUUCAUCCGAAUGACUCUUCAGCCACAACAUGGAGUUCAUGUCAUUCUACACAAACUUGAUUAA